AGCAAGAGACAUGGUAUAUAAAGACCUCUCGUCCUGUGUAACAGCAGACAAUUGUUUGAGACAAUCAACUCAACGUUGAAAAUGGGAAAGAUAAUCUUCUAUGAAGAUCGUAACUUUCAGGGACGCUCUUAUGAGUGCAGCUCUGAGUGUUCCGAUUUGACCUCAUUCUUUCACCGCUGCAAUUCCAUCCGAGUAGAAAGUGGAAGCUGGAUCCUAUAUGAGAACCCCAACUAUAGAGGACACCAGUAUUACCUUAGCAGAGGAGAAUAUCCCGAUUUCCAACAAUGGAUGGGUUUCAACGACUCCAUCAGAUCUUGUCGUAUUAGCCCACAGCACCAAGGUUCAUUCAGAAUAAAGGUCUACGAGAGGGAGGAUUUCCGAGGUCAGAUGAUGGAGUUCACUGAAGAUUGUCCCAAUGUCUAUGAAAGAUUCCGUUAUCAUGACAUUCACUCCUGCUAUGUUCUUGAUGGUUAUUGGAUGUUCUAUGAGGAACCAAAUUAUAGAGGCCGCCAGUAUUACCUGAGACCUGGAGAAUAUAAAAUAUAUACUGACUGGGGUGCCAUGAACCCAAAAAUUGGCUCAUUCAGAAGACUCCAUUAUUUUCAAUAAAUAGUAGUAUUGAGUGAGUCGGGAUGUAAUUCAAAAUUAAUUAAAAAAGAUAAUAAUGGUAA